CCCUCCUUCCCCGACGGCCUACUCUUUGACACGGAAUUUGACUCUCACCUUGACUACUAUCUACCAUGUCCGUGCAGACGACGAUAAUCCCCCACUCCCAGCAGCCGCUCGUUACGCGUACCUAUCCCUCUGAGCAAGAGCUCGAUGGGUUCAUUACCUCUGCUUCAAAGGCUCAGAAAGCUUGGAGCAAGGUUCCGCUAAAGGAGAGAAUCGCGACUGGGUACAAUUUCAUCGAUGAAUUCAAAGCCUUGAGCGAGGAUCUCCCUAUGGAACUGACUCUGCAAAUGGGCAGACCAGUGUCCCAAUGCGCUGGAGAGGUUCGCGGAUUCCUCGAUCGCGCUAAUUACAUGCUGUCCAUCGCAGAGAGCGCGCUCGCCGAUGUCAGUCUAACUGACACUGACAAGCCUGGCUUCCGACGAUACAUAAAACGUGCCCCUUUAGGUGUCGUCCUUGUUGUCGCACCUUGGAACUAUCCUUAUCUCGUCUCGAUCAAUGCUGUUCUCCCAGCCAUUAUCGCUGGGAACGCGGUCAUCCUGAAACCAUCACCCCAAACACCUCUAACUGCUGAGCGUUUCGCGCUUGCAUUGACUCGGGCAGGUGUCCCCAAAGAUAUUAUUCAAGUUGUGCACAUGUCACCCGCGUUGACCUCUCACGCUGUUCAGCAUCCUUCCAUAGACUUUGUUUCAUUCACCGGCAGUGUUAUAGGUGGCCGGGCCGUAGAGGAAGCUGCCGUCCAGGCUAAGGGUUUCAAAGGCGUUGGUUUGGAGCUUGGUGGAAAGGAUCCUGCCUACGUACGGCCUGACGCAGAUCUGAAUUACACGAUCGGUGAACUGGUCGAUGGGGCGCUGUUCAACUCUGGUCAAAGUUGCUGCGCCAUCGAGCGAAUCUACGUCCACGAGGCCGUAUAUGAUGCUUUUGUUGAAGGUUAUGUGAAGCUAGUCAAGGGCUACAAACUAGGCGAUCCCACACUCCCCGAAACGAACUUAGGUCCUGUAGUUUCCUUAGCUAGUGCUGAGAGAAUUCGUAAACAAGUUUCGGACGCAGUGAAAGCUGGUGCGAAAGCGCUUAUCCCGGAAGAUUUAUUCCCAAUGGCGAAAGCCGGAACUACGUAUGUUGCGCCGCAGGUUCUAGUCGAUGUGAAUCAUAGUAUGGAUGUUAUGAUGGAAGAAUCAUUUGGUCCAACAGUCGGAAUACAAAAAGUCUCUUCCGACGAGGAAGCUGUCAAGCUCAUGAACGACUCUCCAUAUGGACUCACAGCAUCCGUGUGGACGAACGCAUCUGCUAAUCCGGCGUCCGAGGAGAUAUUCUUGAAGUUUGUUGAUGAACUAGAGACAGGAACAGUAUUCCUGAACAGGUGUGACUUCUUGGAUCCCGCGCUAGCUUGGACUGGUGUCAAAGAUAGUGGUAGAGGCGUCAGUCUCAGUAAAUUUGGAUACGACCAGUUGACCCGAGCGAAGUCCGUACACAUGAAGAUCAAGACAUCAUAGAGGCCCGAAUUGUUUAUAGGUAACAUAGACGCUGCAAAUAUUGUAUUUGUAAAGAAAAGCCAAUAAAAUUCCCAGCAACCUAUCAGUUACGCGUUAACAACGUGGGAGUAACAGCUCGAAG